UUUUGUUACUGGUGGGAUGAAGAGGAUGAAGAUGGUAUUGAAGAUGGGUUGUAAAAGAAUGAAGAAUGCCGGGGUUAAGUUUGGAGUGAAUGGGUUGGGUGUUUGAGGGGCUUAUUGGUCAUUCUGAAGUUGAAUCAGCUUAGAAAAUACAAAAUAGAGAGAGCUCGAAGUAGAAGGAGUAUUUGAUCAUCGGACUUGGAAUUUGGCAACUGGAAAGCAAAGACAGUAAAGACACGCAACCGAAGGAAUUGCUUCCGAGCAUCGAGUUCAACGCAUCUCAACUCGGUUCACUUCUCCAGAUCCAGAUCCAAAUCCAAUCAUCUCUUCUUUUUCACGGUGUUCGGGUGGUGUAGGCACAUCAUAGGUCAGAACACAUGCACAAACUUGAUCCAGGAAGUCAGCAAUUUGAAUUCUCAGAAAAUACAAAUCAGAUUGGUUCUUCAUGUUUAGAAAAUGAACAAAAGGUGCUAAUCAGUAUGAAGAAUAGCACCGUCUUUGAUGAAAAGUUACAUCAAGGUUCUGAUAAUAUGAGAGGGAAUUCUCUUAUUCAACUAUCUGCUCCUCCUCAAUAUGUUUUGGUAAAGAGUUCUCAGAUUGGAGAAGGUUCUUGCGAUAAAAAAGUUACUGUCGAGCCAGAACUGGCCUUUCGAGAUUUAUCUGAUUAUAACUCACAAAGGAAAUCUCAACCAGCCUCCCAAAAUGUUCAAAAUGGAUCCGUAGAAUCAACUAACUCAAUAAGUAGCCUUUUUGUUCAGGAUCAAAUGCAGCCGAGUCCUGCACAAGAGAACAUGAGCUCAGUGAUUGAACACUUGGACCUGCCUACUGGGGAUGUUGCAGGAAAUGAUGGUCCUAACUGUUUGCAAAGAAAGUCUAAAAGGCUGACUCAAAUGAGGUUAAAGUCGGAGGACGGCAGAACUCCAAAAUUACUCAAGGGAAAAUAUACACUCAGGUCUUCGAGAAGCAGUGACAGAGCUUUGCAGUCGCAGACUCGAGAAAAAUGUAAAGUGCCUGAACUAAGUAGCGACUUGAUUGAUGUUAAAAAUGUUGGAGAGAAAAAGAGAAGAGGGAGGAAGAGAAAACAGUGGGGAGGAGAGGGGAUUAUUGAUGAAUUUUCAAGAAUAAGGAGUCACUUACGAUAUUUAUUGAACAGAGUAAGCUAUGAGCAGAGCUUGAUUGAUGCUUAUUCUGGCGAGGGCUGGAAAGGAUACAGCAUUGAAAAAUUAAAGCCUGAGAAGGAGCUUCAACGAGCUAAGUCUGAAAUUCUUAGGAGAAAAUUGAAAAUUAGGGAUCUAUUUUGGAAUUUGGGUUUAUUGUGUGCUGAAGGAAAGCUUCCAGAGUCUUUGUUUGAUUCCGAAGGAGCAAUACGCAGUGACGAUAUUUUCUGUGCAAAAUGCGGGUCCAAAGAGCUGACCACUGAUAAUGAUAUAAUUCUCUGUGAUGGUGCUUGUGACCGUGGAUUUCACCAAUGCUGUUUAAGUCCUCCAUUGUUAACUAAAGACAUUCCGCCGGGCCAUGAUAUUUGGCUAUGCCCAGGAUGUAACUGCAAACUUGAAUGCAUUAAACUUCUUAAUGACUUCUUAGGAACAAGUCUUUCUAUUAGGGACACCUGGGAGCGGGUUUUUCCUGAAGCAACAGAGGCUGCUGGAACCAAUGCGGGCCAUAGCCUGGGACUUCCUUCAGUUGAUUCUGAUGACAACGAUUACAAGCCUAAAGCUCCAGAAGAUGAAGAGGAUGAAGGUGGAGAAUCAAGCUCUGAUGGAUCUGAUUAUGCUUCUGAUUCUGAGAAAUUGAAAGAUUUGCAUUCAGAGGAUGAUGAUUAUGAUCCAAAUGCUCCAGAUACUGAUAGGGAAGCCUCUGAAGAAAAUUCAAGCUCUGGUUUCAUUUCUGAUGACACUGUGGACGAAGCUCAAAUGCUUGCACCACAGGAUGAUAUUAUGAAGUGUAAAAGCUCUCGCAGUAAAAAGUUCAAAGUUGGUUAGAAGCCUUCUGCAGCUAAUGAAUUGUCAUCUUUACCAAAGCCAAAUCUUGGCCAAGAGAGUUCCGCUACUGUUGUCAGGAAAAGACAUGUUGGUAGUGGUUUUUUCCCUCAUUAAAAUUUACAGGUCUAUGUAAUUGUAAAUUGUAUAACAAAAAAUAAUCAAUCAUACAGGCGUCGCAAUAAAUAGGUCGAUCAAUGCAGCUUGAAGGAUGUAAAUUAGUACAUGUAACGUUCGUUGUGUGGUUCGUUAUGUGAUGAUGCAAUAUGUCAAAGUAUGGCAUAAGUGUACAAGUAGAAGAGCUAAGCUAGUUCAAGAAGCAAUACGAAAAUCAAAUUUUAUUGAAGAAA